CCAAUUAUGUACGUGACGCUUUAUAAACAAGCCGGUUUAUGUUCAACAAUAAGUAAAGUAAAGUUUUCUUGUAAUAAACACGAGAAGAUUCAGCUUAAAACCCGGAAAACUGUCUGGAAGACUAAACUCAGGGGGAAAUAUUACGUAUAUACGGUCUACGGCAGCUGUUGUGGGCCAAUAUUCACGUACAAUGUAAAUCAGUACAAAAUGCGAAGCGGCACAUGAAUGGUUUGAGGUCGUGUUUGUGCUGUUAGUCACCUUUAAACGUUAAAAGCACAAUGAAAGGUGAAAGUCUUUGGGGAACGGCCCUGAUGUCGUGAUGUGGCGCGGCCGGUUAACGGCUGUUAGCAUCGUUCAUUCCGCGGGAAGCUAACCUAGCUGAGGUUACUGCUCGUUAGCUGAAUGAGCAACAACGUGAACUUUGUUCAGUUCAGACGGAGCUCACGUUAGCGGAGCUUAACUCCUCUGCUGGUGUUUAAGUAGAAGCACUCCGCCUUUAGCUCUCUCUGAAAGUUUAGAUUAGUAGUUAGCUUCCCCCUCUUUGUUGUUAGCCAGCCGAGCUAGCUUAGCUGGGUGCUAGCAGGCUAACGCUAACUGGAGAUGGAAGAGGAUCCUUUAGAUCCGCAAGAAGUCGAGCGGGCCAAAACCUUCUGGGCCGGGGAAGACGUGGAUCAGGUUUUUAAUGGAGUAUACGCGUAUCUGGAUUACCUGAAGAGAGUCCUGAAGAAGAACGCAGCGACCGAUAAAGAAUAUGUUCAGGCCUUCAAGCUGCUGGAGUCUCUGGACUGCUGUCCUCCGGCCUCCACGCCGGACUCGUCUGUGGUCCAGGUGGUCAUCGGCUCAGUGGAGCUGCUGCUGCCGUCCGAGUUCUCCCACCACAGCCCCUCUUCCUCCCCCUCUUCCUCCCCCCUGCUGCCCUCCAACGGGCUGUCCAGCUCUGCAGCGCCCCCCGCUGGCAGAGAGGAGCUGCUGCCUCCUCUGACCCCCGUCCAGCUGCAGUACCAGCCCCACCUCUGCUGUAGCGUUAGCAUCACUUUACAGGUAGCGUUAGCAUCCUUUAGCAUCACUUUACAGGUAGCAUUAGCACUAAUAGCAUCCGUUCAAUGGUCGUUAAAUUUGACCUCUUCAUGUUUGUUGAACUCACAGGUUCUGACGGUGUCGGCAGGAGGUCCGGAGCCGCCGUCUCCUUCGGCAGGUGACCGGUCUCCAGCUCAGCAGAAGAUUGCCGUGACAGCAGCCAGUCCUGAGGAGGCGGCGGCGGUCCAAAGCGUGAACGGUACCGAGACGGAGGCGAACAGCUUCAACAGUUUAAAGAGAACGAUGAAGGUGGAGGACAUCACCUUCCUGGACGCCAGCAAGGAGGGAAACGUGAGCCGCUUCAUUAACCACAGCUGCCAGCCAAACCUGUUCAUUCAGAACGUCUUCACCGACUCCCACGACCCCGGCUUCCCCGUCGUCGCCUUCUUCACCAGCAGGGCUGUGAAGGCCGGCACCGAGCUCACCUGGAAUUACUCCGCCGACACCCAGAGGAAACAGGAAGUGCCCUGUCUGUGCGGCAGCAGUGGUUGCCAAGGACAUUUUAGCCUCGAGGAGACGCUGUGUGACAUGUGUGAGGUCGAAGGUGAAACACAGUAAUCCCUCCACUGGGCCCAGACACUAUUAAAAAAAGUUGCUGUAAUAAAACUGUUUCUGUAGACUUGUUUACUUUUCUAAAUAAAUGGACUCACUUUGGAAAA